GAAAAAUGUUUUCAACAUUUCAUGUUUUCAAAUUAAAGCGUUGAAAAUAUCCUUCAAUUGAAAUCAUUUCAAGAAAAACCUUAAAGCAAAGCAGACGCAAAAAAAGAACAAAAUGGAUUUUAGAAUUCUCUUUGUCUUUUCAUUGUUUGUUAGUUUCAACUCUGCAAAAUUAUUUAUUAAUCCUUAUCCUUCAUUUAAAUCACAUCAAGUUAGUUCCAGUGAAUUUGAUGAUGAUGGUGCAUUGUUUAUUACGCCGCUUCUUGAAAGUGGAAAGAAAGUUGAAGAAAUUCAGAAAAUGGCUGCAAUAGAUCUUCCAGAUUUGAAAGACUUUCCUGGCUACAGUGGAUUCAUAACAGUGAAUAAGACAACAAAUUCAAAUAUGUUUUUCUGGUAUUUCCCUGCUGCAUCAGAUUCUGCAAACGCUCCAGUCGUACUAUGGCUUCAAGGUGGUCCUGGAGCAAGUUCACUCUUUGGAUUAUUUACAGAAAACGGUCCAUUUGAAGUGACAUCUUCGGGAAAAGUGAUAGCACGUAAAUAUUCAUGGCAUUUAAACCACAAUUUACUUUAUAUCGAUAACCCGGUUGGCACUGGGUUCAGCUUUGUUGAUAAGGAUGAAGGCUAUGCAAAGAAUGAAGUCGAUGUAGGGAAUGAUCUUUAUCAUGCACUUCUUCAAUUCUUCACUCUCUUCCCAAACCUUCAAAACAACAAAUUUUAUGUAACUGGCGAGAGUUAUGCUGGAAAAUAUGUGCCAGCUGUUUCCCAUACCAUUCAUAAGAAUAACGGAGGAGCCAAAUUGAAGAUUAAUCUGAAAGGUCUUGCAAUAGGAAAUGGAUUAAGUGAUCCGCUUCAUCAACUUGUCUAUGGUGAUUAUCUUUAUCAAUUGGGUUUGAUUGAUUCAAAUGGUCGCGACUUGUUCCAUUUGUACGAGAAAAAAGGAAAACAAUGCAUCGUGAAGAAAGAUUUUAAUUGUGCAUUUGAAGUAUUUGAUGCACUUAUUAAUAUGGACCAGUUGCCAUCAGGAUCAUUGUUUAAAAACAUGACUGGCUUCUCAACAUAUUUCAAUUAUCUGCAACAAGAAGACGACGGGGCUGAUCUUCCUAUGGGAGAGUUCUUGAAACGAGUCGAUGUUCGUAAAGCUCUUCAUGUUGGAAAUUUAACGUUUCAUGGAUUGGACGGAGAACCUAAUAAAGUUGAAGAACAUUUAAAACUUGAUGUCAUGAAUUCGGUCGCACCAUAUUUAAGUGAAUUGUUGGCACAUUAUCGCGUUUGUAUUUACAAUGGACAACUUGAUGUUAUCGUAGCGUAUCCUUUAACAAUCAACUACUUGAAAAAACUUCCAUUCGAACACUCACAAGAUUACAAAAAAGCUCCACGUUACAUUUGGCGUGUUGGAAAAGACAUUGCAGGCUUUGUUCAUGAAGCUGGAAAUCUUGUUGAAGUUCUUGUACGUAAUGCUGGCCACAUGGUUCCACAUGAUCAACCAAAGUGGGCUUACGACAUGAUUACACGAUUUACUCAAGGGAAAAGCUUUUAUUAAAAAUAUUAUUGAAAUUUUAUAAAUGAAUACUCACAAAUGAAGCAAGAAAAUUAGAUAAUUAAAGUUUAUUAAAUAAAGCGUUCUAUUAUUCCCCGUUAAAUCAAUAUCAGAAAUAUAAAUUUUUUGCACAUUAGUUAGUUAAAUUCUGCUGUUUAGUAAUAAACUUUGCUGAAAGUGUUUGUCAAAAUUAGAACUUGUGUUGCUUCCUCGAUUGCUUCUCGGUUCAUUAUUUGUUCUUCUCCUAA